AUGGGGGACUACCUCGACAUGGAGCACGGGCGGUUCACUCUGUCGGUGGUGCUGCCUGACGGCGCGAUCGAAGAGUUCUCCUUUCCCUCCAAAUUCACAAUAGACCAAGUCAAGAGCGACAUUCUGCGACGGUCGGCCAAGUUCGAGAAUCUGCCCGAAGACGCCAAGAAGCAGUUCCUGCUGGGCAUGAACGAGGAGGAGCUCUUCAACGUCGAGUUCACGCGAUGCGUCACCCACCGCCCCAUCUACGAGUCGCUCCUCAAGGACGGCGCGGACGGCGAGGGCGUGGUGGUGAACUGCCCAAGCGGGGCCACAGCCGAGGAGUUCCUGUCACUGGCGCUACAACGACUGCGAUCCCUGGUGACGGAAUUGGAGGCCGCCGGCGAAGACAUCGCAAAGGAAAAGGCCAGGCUUCAGGCCGAGGAGAAGAGCGAGAACAGACCCGAUAGAGCAGAGAACGGAGGUGCCACCACAUCAUCCUCUUCAUCGUCGCCAUCACCAUCAUCAUCGCCGUUGUCGUCGUCCUCGUCGUCAAACGGCGUCGACCCCGGCGUGCACCAGGAGAAGAUGUCGGCCGGCUCCGGUCGCAUCCGCGUCAAGAUCCUGCGGCAAAACUUUGAGGGCGAAGAGAGUCCCAGCACACAGCGUCGAAAGCCCGAUAGCCUGGCCGGUGCCGUAGCCGGAGAUAACGGGGCCAGGCGGAACUCGAUCUGGGCCAAGGCGUCGCCACUGACGUCGUCGCCGACAUCCGUGCGCUCGCUGUCGCCCCGGGGCUUCGGGCCGCGGGAGUCGCUCGCCGACCGAUUCAGCGACCUCUCCUCCUCCGGCUCCCAAGUCCUCCUGCCGCGCGUCGACAAGCGGGUCCAGGGCAACGGACCAACACUGCAGGAUCUGAAGAAGGGCGGGCCGAUUGCGAUUCAAUUCUACCUGCCGGGCGGGGCCAAGACCGUGGACCUCGAGUGCUUGACCACCGCCACCCUCGCCUCCCUCAAAGAUAUGCUCUGGGAAAAGGCCAAGUCAGGGGACGAGUGCCUGGCCGAGAAGGCGCGGUAUUCGGUGAAGGUGUGGCACACGCACAUGUACCUCACCGGCGACACCACGCUGCUCUACCAGUUCCCGAUCAUCCAGUUCUGUUGGCAGAAGCAACUGCUCGCGCGGCUGUGUCUCGUCGACAAGCUCGAGAGCAAGCAGGACAAACUCAUGUCCCUCCAGAUCGGCUCUCUGAUUGGGCGGCCUCUCUGCUGGCAUACGUCGGACGAAGACCAGACCAGCCAUUUCAAACACAAGAUCAGCAAGCUGCUGGCGAUGGCCAACCGGGACUGGGAGUGCGCGGCGCAGGCAAAGCUGUCAAUAGCGCCGGUCCCGCCCGACUUCCCGACCGACAUCCUGGUCAAGGUGCACCUGCCGGGCGAGCAGCGGAUGGCCACGACCCUCCACUGUCCGGGCGACCAGACCUUCCUCGGCGUCAUGCACCAGCUGGCCAAGAAGUCGCAGGCCACGCGCGAGGGCCAGCUCGACCCGGCCGACUACGUCUUCAAAAUCACCGGCCGCAACCGCUACGUCGUCCAACUCGACCGGAAGCUCCACCAGAUCGACUACGUCCGGGAGUGCCUGAAGCGGCGCGUGAAGAUCAACUUCUCCCUCGUGCUCCGGAGCUCAGUUCGACUCGAAGACGUUGACGGCGACCUCACCAUGCGAUCAUCCAUCAGCGUGCCAUUGAUCGAUGAAGAGGACGAGCGCCUGGAGAAGAAGCUCAAGAUGCAGGGUACGUGCUCGUUGCUGGAGCUGAAGCGACCGUUCGAGUUCAAGCUGGUGCGGAUCGAGAACGUGAAGCUCGGGCACGACGCCAGCGACGAGUCGCCGUCGUCGACCUCCUCUACGUCCUAUCUCUACCUGGAGGCGGGGCUCUACCACGGCGGCGAGCUGCUGUCGCCCGUGGUCUACUCCCAGUCAGUCCCCACCUCCGAGAACCCCACCUGGAUCGAGUGGCUCCGAUUUGAGACCCUCAUGUGCGAUCUCCCCAAGGCGACCCGGCUCUGCGUGACGCUGUUUGUGCGGGACGGCCGAUCCAACACGCGUCCCAUCGGGUGGGUCAAUUGCCAGCUGUUCGACUACCGCGACCGAAUGCUUACCGGCCCGCUCAGCCUGUGCAUGUGGCCCAACGGACCAGCCAAUCCCAUCGGAACGUGUGUGGAGAACCUGGAGGCGAGAUCGCCGGUCAUCCUGGGCCUCGAAUUCUCGCGCUACCCGCAGCCCGUCGUCUUCCCCGACCUCAAGCCCCUCUUCCCCGACACCGUGCCCCAACCCAGCCGCGACGAGGAGCUCAUCCUCCACCUCCUCAUCCGCAAAGAUCCGCUCUACCGACUGUCGCCGUCGGAGAAGCGUCUGUUGUGGAAAUACCGCACAUUCCUGCGAAGCCUCCACAGCAAGAGCCUGGUGAAGCUCCUCUCGGCGGUGCGGUGGGCCGACGUGAAGAUGGUGAAGCAGGUCUACGGCCUGCUCGGACUCUGGGGUCCUCUUCCUCCACUCGACGCACUCGAGCUUUCCGACAACGAACUCGCCGCCUUCCUGCUCCAGCUCGUCCAGGUGCUCAAGUAUGAGCCGUACCACUACAGCGACCUGGCGGCGUUUUUGAUCGAGCGCGGCCUGCAAAACCGCGUCACCAUCGGACACUACCUCUUCUGGCAUCUCGAGGCGGAGAUGAGCGUGCCCGAGAUCGCAGAGCGCUAUGGUCUCAUGCUCGAAGCCUACCUUCGCGGCUGCGGCGACCAGCGGGCCGAUUUGUUGAAGCAGAUGGAGGUCAUCAAGAAGCUCAAGAGCGUUGCGGAGAGGACGAAGGAGGUGCCGCUGGCCCGACGCCGGGCCGUGCUCCACGAGGAGCUGGCCAAGGUCACCCUCCCCAAGAGCUUCUCCCUGCCGCUCGACCCCACGGUGGUGGCCAACGGUAUUUUGGUGGAAAAGUGUCGGUCGAUGGACUCAGCGAAGGCGCCCCUGUGGAUCGUCUUCACCAACGCCGACCCGCUGGGCCAGCCCAUCAACGUCAUCUUCAAGUGCGGCGACGACCUCCGACAGGACCUGCUCACCCUCCAAAUGCUCGGCAUCAUGGACGAGUUGUGGAAGACGGAAACGAUGGAUCUGCAUCUCACGCCUUACGGCUGCAUCGCCACCGGUGACUUCAUGGGCAUGAUCGAGGUGGUGCCCGAGGCGGAGACCACUGCCGCGAUCCAGAAGGCAGCCGGUGGCGUCACGGCUGCGUUCCGACAGACGCCGCUGGCCAAUUGGCUUCGCUCUAACAACCCCUCCGACAAGGACUACACAGAGGCGGUGACCAAUUUCAUCAAGUCGGUGGCCGGCUACUGCGUGGCCACCUAUGUGCUCGGCAUUGGCGACCGACACAACGACAACAUCAUGGUGCGGAAGGACGGCCACUUGGUGCACAUCGACUUCGGGCACUUCUUGGGCAACUACAAGAAGUUCCUCAUGUACAGACGCGAGAAGGCACCAUUUGUGUUGACGCCCGAGUUUGUGUUCGUAAUGGGCGGCAAGGAGAGCGCGCAAUUCGAACGCUUCGUGGAGUACUGCUGCUGGGCCUACAACGCCCUCCGGCGCUACGCCAACAUUUUCAUCACUCUCUUCACCAUGAUGUUGUCGACGGGCAUUCCGGAGCUGACGUCGGAGGAGGACAUCGACUACCUGCGCAACGCGUUCUCGCUGGACAUGGACGACGAAGAGGCCGCCGAGGCGUUCAAGGCCCUCAUCUACGAGAGCCUCAGCACCAAGACCACCCAGAUCAACUUUGCCAUCCACAUCCUCGCCCACCGCAAGUAA